AGUUUCUCGUUAGUAAAGGUUUAUAUCGAAGCUAAAAAAUGCACCAUUCUGAAAAUGAUAAAAAACGGGCCAAUUUUUCGGCCCUAAGCCCUGUUAAUGGAGCUAUUAUUAAAACAACUGCAACUGGGAAACCUGGCGAUGUGAAAAAAAUCAUUAUAAAAAAUAUGAAAUCUUAUCCCUCAAUUCCGGAAAACUUCGAAGAAACUACAUGGAAUCAGCUACGAAAAGCGGUUAUUGCCAUACAAACUUCGACACCAAUUGAAUAUUCGCUGGAAUGCCUUUGCCAGGCGGUAUCGCACAUGUGUGAAGACAAGAUGGAUUCUCAACUAUACGUUAACCUGACGGCCUUAGUAGAGCAGCAUGUUAAGGCGAAUAUUGUUCCAUUUUUGUCCGAGUCGGGAGAUAAAUUAGUAUAUCUGAAGAAAAUGAAUGAUUAUUGGCAAUCGCACUGCCAGCAGAUGAUCAUGAUUCGAAGCAUAUUUCUUUACCUUGAUCGCAUAUACGUCUUAAAUAACCCAACAGUACACUCAAUAUGGGAGAUGGGAUUGGAACUUUUUCGCGAUCAUAUCGCAAUGAACAACCUAGUUCAAGCUCGAACCGUUGAAGGAAUACUGAUUCUGAUUGAAAAAGAACGCCACGGGGAUGCGGUUGACCGAUCUCUGUUGAAAAGCCUUUUGCGAAUGUUGUCCGACCUGCAAAUUUAUCGUGAUGCCUUUGAGCAAAAGUUUCUUAUGGCCACUAAACAUUUGUAUCAAGCUGAAGGACAAGCUAAAAUGGAGGAACUUGAUGUUCCAGACUAUUUGCAACAUGUGGAUAAACGUUUAAAUGAAGAGGAAGAGCGCCUGGAACAUUAUCUUGACGGCUGUACUAGGCAUCAGCUGAUAGUGACGGUGGAGAGACAAUUAAUUAACGAACAUGUGACUGGAAUAUUGCAAAAAGGUUUGGAUCAACUGCUGGAAGAAAACAGACUUGCCGAUUUAACUCGUCUUUACAAGUUGUUUUGUCGUGUGAAGAAUGGUACCACCGAGCUAUGCGCACACUUUAAUGCAUACAUUAAAAAAAAAGGGCGAACCAUCGUCAUAGAUCCGGAGAAGGACAAAUCUAUGGUGCAAGAUUUGCUAGACUACAAAGACAAAAUGGAUAACAUUGUCAAUACAUGUUUCGAAAAAAAUGAAAAAUUUGGCAACUCACUACGUGAAGCCUUCGAGUACUUUAUAAACCAGAGGUCUAACAAACCUGCUGAGUUGAUUGCAAAGUAUGUGGACAUGAAGCUGCGGGCAGGCAACAAAGAAGCCACGGAAGAAGAAUUGGAGCAGAUCCUUGAUAAGAUCAUGGUGCAGUUUCGAUUCAUUCACGGUAAAGACGUAUUCGAGGCGUUUUACAAAAAAGAUCUUGCCAAACGUCUUCUGGUUGGUAAGUCCGCUUCGGUUGAUGCAGAAAAAAGCAUGCUGUCGAAACUUAAACAGGAAUGUGGGGGCGGAUUUACUUCCAAGCUAGAAGGCAUGUUCAAGGAUAUGGAAUUAAGCCGUGAUAUUAAUUUUGCGUUUAAACAGAGUAUGCAAAAUUCGGAACACAAAGAGCUGCAAAAUAUUGAUCUAACUGUUAACAUACUUACAAUGGGAUUCUGGCCUACAUAUCCAAUAAUGGAAGUUACUCUUCCACAAGAAUUGUUACAGUAUCAAUCGAUUUUCAACAAAUUUUACUUAGCAAAACAUAGUGGCCGAAAGCUCCAAUGGCAACCAACGCUUGGUCAUUGCGUGCUUAAAGCACAAUUUGAUGCGGGACCAAAAGAUUUGCAAGUUUCUCUGUUUCAAGCACUAGUGUUGCUAUUGUUUAACUAUAAUGCUGCUAUUUCGUUUGAAGAAAUACGUACCGCAGUGAUUAUAGAGGUUGGAGAACUGAAGCGCACGUUACAAUCGCUUGCGUGUGGCAAGGCACGCGUUCUGACAAAAAUACCCAAAGGUCGUGAGGUUGAAACUACUGACAAAUUUCAGUUCAACAACGAGUUUACCAAUAAGUUGUUUAGGAUCAAAAUAAAUCAAAUCCAAAUGAAAGAAACAACGGAAGAACAAAAAGCCACUGAAGAGCGUGUGUAUCAAGAUCGUCAGUAUCAAAUUGAUGCAGCAAUUGUACGUAUUAUGAAAAUGAGGAAAACGCUUAGCCACAACUUAUUGAUCACAGAAUUAUAUAAACAGCUUACCUUUCCGGUGAAGCCGGCAGACUUAAAGAAACGGAUCGAAUCUUUGAUAGAUCGUGAUUACAUGGAACGAGAUAAGGAUAAUCAAAACCAAUAUAACUAUGUCGCCUAAUUCGUUUUUGAAGUAUUAUCGUGCGAU